CAUUUCAAAUAUUCCUCUCUUUUACUCUCUCUGCCUACUCAUUUAUACUCCUAACCAAACUUUAAUUCCCCAUCAAACAAACAAAAUGAAGCAAAAAGUUGUUAUCAGACUAUCUUUAAAUGGAAUCAAUCAGAAAUAUCGAACCAAGGCCUUCAAGAUUGCUGUUUCUCAAUCAGGUGUGGAAUCAGCAGCUAUAACAGGGGACGGAAAGAACCAAUUGGAAGUUGUGGGAGAAGUAGAUGCUGCGACUCUAACGAGCUUAUUGAGGAAGAAUUUGGGUCAGGCGGACUUGGUGAGCGUUGGCCCGGCUGGUGGUGGCCCCGUAGCUGCAGCUCCAGCUCCAGCUGUAGCUGCAGCUGCGAUGGCUCAGUCGCAACCCGGCUCGUACUAUUAUGCCUAUCCGUCUUAUCAAUACCCAGUUUACCAAGUUACAGAUUCCUAUGGUGAACCCAAUUGUUCCAUUAUGUGAAUGCCAAUUUUCGAUUGCCUAUGGAAAACAGAGUGUAUAGUAUUGGAACAGAGGGAUUCAAUAUAAUUAACUGUAUUCACAGUCAAAUAUUUAUUAAUAUGUUAAUAGAUAGGGCUAUAGAGUUUGAGCGAAAGCUAUUUGGUUCACGUGAACUUGUAUGGUGUAUCAUUCAAGUUUUUGGUUCCUGUCCAGAGAGCUUAAUGGACUAUCUAGUAGAUGAAGAGUUUUGGUUUUUUUUUCCCCCAUCUUUUUGGGUCUUUGUAAAUGCCUUUCAAAUAUUAAAA